AUGCGGCUCAAGGACGGGAGGACCCUAGGCUAUGCCGAAUAUGGCUCUGAAACUGGGUUUCCACUAAUGUUCAUGCAUGGCUAUCCCCAAUGUCGCCUUGAGGCCUCUGCCAUAGAACAUAUCUUUCACCAACGCGGAAUUCGUGUGAUUGCCCCUGAGCGACCAGGCUUUGGCCUCUCCACAGUCCAACCUGACCGGCGUAUCAUGGACUGGCCCGCCGAUGUUCAAGCACUGGCUCACCAUCUCGGCCUCUCCCGUUUUGCGAUUAUGGGUGGCUCUGGUGGUGGGCCCUAUGCAUUAGCAUGCGCGCGGGGGCUACCUCAAGACAUGAUGUCUGCAGUCGGUAUAUUCGCCGGGGCGGGCAACUGGAGCGCUGGGGCUCAUCAUAUGCCUUGGAUCUAUCGUGCAUCAAUGCUAGCGGCAGAGUACUGGCCAGCUGGACUACGAGGUUCGUUGAACUUUGUGGUAUGGAUGCUUAGAAAGGGGCUGAAUACGAAAAUGGCAACUCGGAGAGUCAAUGACUACUUACUAAAGGACCAGGAUCAACAUGAGGAAUCAGUUGAGGAACGGCGAGCUAAAUUGCUGCGUGUGUUAUUUGAGCCGUUUGCACAGGGCGCUGGCCCUGCGGCAUAUGAGGCGAAGCUAUUGUCACAAGACUGGGACAUUGAAUUCGGCGACAUUACUUACAACAAUCUUUACAUCUGGCAUGCAGCGAAAGAUUGGAACUCGCCGCUGCCCAUGACGGAGUACUAUGUCAAACUUCUUUCGAACAGCCCAUCCUUCAAAGUGUUUGAAGACGAUACACACUUUACAAUCCAUAGGCAUAUGGAUGAGAUACUCUCGGAGCUGAUUCCUGAGAGCUCAUAG